GUUAUCAUCGAAAUUGUUCAUCUCUCUGAGAAGAUAUUUCCGAGAAAAUCCUCCGGACUUUCCCGGAGAAAAGCCCUCAGAAUAUGAGGCCGCCGAGAAAAUCCAAAGCCGGAGCCGAUUCCAGCUCGAAGGCGCUAGUUCUUUACAAGACUACGACGAAUGACGCUCAACCGGUGCCGCUGAGCGUGUACUACCCGAGAUCACCAUGCGAGCUCAGCUUGAGAAGGUCGCCGAGGCUCGCUCCGAUUCCCGCAGAGAUCAGAUCGAGAAAUUUGGCUCGAAAUGCUGGAAAGAAGUUCGAUUCUGUGGAUCCAAACAGUCUGAGAAAGUCUCCGAGGUUCGCUCCUAGUCCGGCAGAGACCAGAUCGGGAAAUGUAGCUCUGAAUGUCGGUAAGAAGUCCGAUUCUCUGGAUCCAAACAGCCUGAGAAAGUCUCCGAGGUUCGCUUCAAGUCCGGAAGAGAUCAAUGAAAGCAAUUUGACUCCGAAAGUGGGUAAGAAACUGUAUUUGGUGGAUCCGAACUGUCUGAGAAGGUCUCCGAGGUUCGGUCAUAGUCUUGAAGAGGUCAAAUCGAGCAAUAUGACUCUAUUUCUAUUGAAUAAGAAUUUUGAUUUGGUGGAGGAUCCAAACAGCCGGAGAAGGUCCCCGAGGUUCGGCUCAAGUCUUGAGGAGGUCAAAUCGAGCAAUGUGACUCCAAAAGUGAGUAAAAAUCCGGAUUUGGUGGAUGCAAAUAGCAUGAGAAGGUCUCCGAGGUUCGGUUCUAGUCUUGAAGAGGUAAAAUCGAGCAAUGUGACUCCGAAAUUGGGUAAGAAACUGUAUUUAGUGGAUUCAAACAGCAUGAGAAGGUCUCCGAGGUUCUCUCCAAGUGCUGAAGAGGUCAAGGCAAGCAAUGUGGCUUCAAAAAUGGGUAAGAAACCGGAAUUGGUGGAUCCGAAGAUUCCGAACAGCCUAAGAAGGUCUGCGAGGUUCUCUCCAAGUGCUGAAGGGGACAAAGAAAGCAAUGUGACUCCAAAAGUGAGUAAGAAACCAAAUUUGGUGGAUCGGAACAGCCUGAGAAGGUCUGCUAGAUUCAGUUCGAGUCCUGAAGCGGUCACGGAGAACAAUGCGGCAAAUAAACGAGCUUCGAUGGCUCUGCGCAGCUGCUUGAGGUCGCAGCCGAUUUCGAGUGCGCCGAUCGAUUCAUCGGAAUUCCGCAGGAAAUCUAAGAAGUUAAAGAGCGAUUCUGGAAACUGCGACUCAGAAGUGUUCAACAAAAAGUCUCUGAGAAGGUCUGGGAGAUUUCCUCCGCCUGUGGUUGUGGCUGAUAGUGGCGAAAAGAAGUCUCCUACCCCUACGGGUAAGGGAUCCAAGGGACAGAACUUGACAACAAUUGAGGGUAAAGAAGCAAUAAGUUCCAACUUGGAUUGCUCAAAAGAAAAAUACCAUACAAGAUCUACAAGGUCGACCUCAACCCAGUCCGGAACUGAGAGCAGUUGUUUAGAAUCAAAAAACUUGGAGAAUCAAAAAAAGAGUUUCAUUGAAUUGGAAUCAUUAUCACGGGAAGAAGAUUGUGGCAUAGCACCUAAGCCCUUGAAAUAUAAUGACUUAGAUUUUUCUGGUGAGGAAUGUUUGAGGGCUUCAAAUCUAAUGUCAAUGGCUGAACACAACACUAGUGAAUAUAGGGAAAAAGUAUAUGCGAAAAUGUCAAAUGAAAAGGACAUGGCCUCUAGAUUUUCCUCAGGUUUAGCAACAGAUGAGAGCAUCGGGCUGGACACUUUUGAUAAAUUGUCUGAUUCAUCAGAUGAGUCAGAUGGACCUCUUUUGGAUCAAAGUACUUGGACCUCUUCUAAAAAAUUUGAUCUAGUAUUGCUCGAUGACCAAGAAGAAUAUAACUUUACUAAUUUUCCUGAGCCACACAUUAGAAUACCGACAGAGAAAACUGAGAGCAGAAACUCUUCAAAGAACAAAAAGAAGAAUCCUAAUAUUUCUUUCUUUAUUGGAGAUCCCAUUCCAGAUGAUGAAGCUCAAGAAAGGUGGCACUGGCGUUAUGAGCUGAAGAAUCAACAAUCUAAACAUCGGACAUCGAAGCUAAAUGAUGAUGAUGAAGACAAAGUAGUCCUCAAUGUGGAAUGCCAUUUUGCUCAAGCUCAAGUGGGAAAUUGCAUAUUUAGUCUUGGAGAUUGUGCUCAUAUACAGGGUGAUGGGAAGAAAAAACAUGUUGGCAGAAUCGUGGAAUUUUUCAAGACAACUGACGGGGAGAAGUAUUUUAGAGUCCAAUGGUUUUAUCCUAUUGAAGAUACAGUUGUUCAAGACGUAGGCGCUUUCCAUGACAAGAGGCGUUUAUUCUAUUCUACCAUAAGGAACGAUAACUUACUAGAUUGCAUUAUUUCCAAAGUCCAUGUAACAAAAAUAACACCUAGGGUAGGAUUGAAAAUAAACUCCAUUUCACCAUGUGAUUUUUAUUAUGAUAUGGAAUACUGUGUUGACUAUUCAACAUUUCAGUCGAUUGAGUCUGAUAACUCUACUACUUGUGGAAUUAAGAGAGUCUCUACAACAGCCACAGAAACUCACCCAGCAGAACUAGCACUUUUAGAUCUUUACAGCGGCUGUGGUGGGAUGUCAACUGGGUUGUGCCUUGGUGCCAAGAUUUCUGGUGUUAAUCUCGUGACGAGAUGGGCUCUUGAUAGUAGUAAGUCUGCGUGUGAAAGCUUAAAGUUAAACCAUCCAGACACAAAUGUCAGAAAUGAAGCUGCUGAGGAUUUCAUUGAAUUAUUGAAGGAAUGGGAGAAGUUGUGCAAACGAUACAGGUCAACUAAAGUUGAACGAACGCAUCCAUCAAGGUCAAAGGCUUCAAGAGAAUCUGAAAAUGAUGAUGAGCUCCCGAGUGAUGAUGAGUUUGAGGUUUCAAGAUUCGUUGAUAUUUGCUAUGGCGAUCCUGCGCAUACAGGCAAGCGUGGUCUGAAAUUUAAGGUGCAUUGGAAGGGUUAUGGUACCAGUGAAGAUUCGUGGGAGCCAGUUGAAGGUUUAAGUAAUUGCCGAGAAAAGAUAGAGGAAUUUGUGAGAGAUGGUAUGAAAAGGAAGAUCUUGCCACUUCCUGCAGAUGUUGAUGUUAUUUGUGGUGGUCCUCCUUGCCAAGGGAUUAGUGGCUAUAAUCGUUUCAGAAAUGUCAGUUCCCCCUUGGAUGAUGAUAGAAAUCGUCAAAUAGUUGUUUUCAUGGACAUUGUAAACUUCUUAAAACCAAAGUAUGUAUUAAUGGAAAACGUAGUUGACAUAAUGAGACUUGACAAGGGUUCUCUGGGAAGAUAUGCCUUGAGUCGUUUGGUACACAUGAAUUAUCAAGCAAGGCUCGGAAUAAUUGCUGCUGGCUGUUACGGUCUUCCACAGUUUCGAUUGCGUGUUUUCUUGUGGGGCGCUCUUCCUCAUGAGCAGAAUCUACCUCAAUUUCCACUUCCAACCCACGAUGUAAUUGUUAGAUAUUGGCCUCCUCCUGAGUUUGAGCGAAAUACUGUCGCUUAUGACGAAGACCAACCUCGUGAGCUGGAAAAGGCUCUUGUUCUCCAAGAUGCCAUCUCUGACCUACCACCUGUCACACAUGAUGAAACUCGUGAGGAAAUUUCAUAUUCAAAGCCUCCGGAAACAGAAUUCCAAAGAUACAUAAGGUCAACAAAAUUGGAGAUGGCUGGCUCUGCAUUAAAUGACACUAGAGAAACAAAAUAUUCUCUAUAUGAUCAUCGACCCACCCCAUUUUGUGAAGAUGAUUACUUACGAGUUUGUAAAAUUCCAAAAAGAAAGGGAGCGAAUUUUAGGAACCUGCCGGGUGUUAUUGUAGGAGGAGAUAAUGUGGCUCGGCGAGAUCCAAAUGUACAUAUACUAUUGCCAUCUGGAAAGCCAUUGGUACCUGAUUACACUUUCACUUUUGAAAAAGGCAAAUCCAAAAGACCAUUUUCAAGGUUAUGGUGGGAUGAGACAGUUCCGACAGUAUUGACUAUACCAUGUUGUCAUAAUCAGGCAGCACUACAUCCUGAGCAGGACCGAAUCCUAACGUUACGAGAAUAUGCAAGGCUGCAAGGCUUUCCUGAUUAUUAUAGAUUCUGUGGGACUCUUAAAGCGAGGCAUCGUCAGGUCGGAAAUGCGGUACCUGUUAAUGUUGCACGAGCCUUAGGAUAUGCCUUGGGUUUGGCUGCUCGAAAGCUCAGUAGCAAUGAACCACUUUUGACUCUUCCUAAUGAGUUCUCUCUUUCCAAUUUUUCUCAAUUAGCUAACAAUAAUGUAUCACAGGAAUGACAGUAUUAGGCUGUCAAGUCCGAUUGUCUUUGCCUAUCCGGGGCUGGUGUCUGUCAUAUUUUUCCCGAAUGCAAUUCUGCAGCGCACAAUUUGGUACACUUAGGUCUUAAACGUCGACAGCGAACUAAAUUUGGUCAGAGGAAAUACACCACCCUCGAUCAAUCAUGAAUGAUCAUGUGCUUCUGAUUCUGCACAAUGAACAAUUGAUGCAGCCCAUAUUGGGAAGUCACAUUCUAAAAUUUUAGAGAACUGCUACGGAAGAAAAUUCAAAUUCUACUUUUAGAGGCUUUGAAUUAUUUGAAUUAGCAAUUUCACAAUUAGGGAUGUUUUCAAGAAAAAACAUUAUUUGAUUUUAUAGCUUAAUUG